AUGAAAGGUUAUCGUCUUGACACAAGAAUUAAUAAAUCUGCUUACCUUGAUUUUAAAAAAUAGAUGCUUCCAUAAAAAUUUGAAAUUCCUCAUGAAAGUAAGAAGCCUUUAGGAAUAUAAUUCCUUCAAGCUAAUUUGGAUGAGGAAAACUAGAAAAAUAAUAUUUUUGUAAGUCUUUUAUCUAGCUCUUCUUAGAAUGUGACAUAAUCACCAUAAUUGAAAAAAUAUCUAAUCCAAUCAUAUAUCACAGAAUUUCCAUUAUUAUCAUCAUUAAAUAAGAUAGAAUUGUAUCUGAAUAGAUAAAAAAAUGAAUUAAAAGGAUAAUCCAAAGUUGAAGAAAUGAAAUCUUAGAAAAAUCAUAGCCAAAGCACUGAAGUGUAUUCUGUAAAUAAAGUAGCUUGA